CCAACAGUCCCAUGAGCUUAUCAUCCCAACCAAGGCCAGUCACCCUUGAGCUGCUCGUAUCCGUGGAUCUACCAAAGACUGGAGAUGAUAAGGAGAAGCCUCUCCUCAGUGGACUGGACUUCCUGCCGGACGGGAGACUGGUAGCCGUGGAUAACAUGAACAUGAAAUGUAUCAUACUGAAUGAGCGACUGCAGAGACUAGGAACACCGUACAAGUUCAAGGAUUACCCACACAGCGUAUUAUGUGUGUCUCAUGAUACACUGUGUGUAACGGGUGGUUAUAAAGAAGUAUGGCUCUUGUCUGUGAGUACAGACAAUACCAUCACACUGACCAGGGAGAUCAAUACAACAUCCAAGUUCUUCUAUAUAUGCUGCAUGUCUCCAUCUAACAUGGUCGUGAGUACGUACGAUGAUCCCCGUCCACUUAGAAUGAUAUCAGUGGACGGGGUUGAGACAGACUUUGAUCACAUCCUGACGUUUCCAAAGAAGACUUACAAAUUAAAUGAGAGUGCGUGCACGUAUGUCCAGUCUAAGAACACGUUAGUACUGACUGACAGGUACGCUCACACUGUGUACAUGAACGACACCGUGAAUGGCACAUCUAGAACAGUCACUAAUGAGAACAUACAGGAACCUUGUGGUGCCUGUGUAGGACCUGGUGACACGGUGCUGGUGUGCAGUAAGAAUAAGAACUCCAUCGUGCAUCUGACCAUUGACGGUAAAAUACUGGGUACAUACCCAGUGGAUAUGUGGUACCCGUUAAGCAUAUGUGUGUCUAAGGAUGGCACCAGGCUGGUGGUGUCUAACUGCCCUAUACGCGUCAGGAAACUUCAAUUGUAUAAGAUAUCACCGGCAAUGAGUUAGCUGACUAGUAAGAUGUAAAUGUUAUCCAUGUGAUCAGGCUUUCUACACAAUUAUUAAAUAUUGACUUUCGUGUAUUGUUUGUGUUAAACAACUCGGAAUACUAUUCCGAUUAAUUAAAAUUAAAUAGUGUUGUAAUAAGGUUUUAUCGUUGAAGAAUUUCAAAAGAUUCCGAACUACCUAUGUAUUUUGCAUGUAUUAUAAUGUAAUAUGUGUAUUUCUACCUACCUUCAAUAACUAUUUUAGUGUAUAUUUGAAGACAUUUAAAUAUAUUGUAUAUGUAAUUUUAUUUAAAUUCGCAUUUCAUGCAACGUAACCGGUGUGUACAGUAGUUCGGCGCGUUAAAGAUUUGUAAAUAUGUGUUAAUUUUUGAAAAUAAUAACUAUAGCAAUAUUGCUAAGCAUAUGUUUUCUUAAUGCCAUAAACAAUUCAUUCAAAAUAAUGCUUGUUUUUGUUAAGCCUACAUACGCAACACGAUUUAUGUUUAUCAACAAAUUCGACUAGAUCAUGAAUUCCCAGCCUGUCACCUCUGCCUGUCAAUAGUCUAAUAGCCCCGUCACACCGAACUGACGUCCUUUCGGCGACCUAAGACUGUGUUUCUGAAAAUUUCUGACUGUCGUAGUAAGGACGCCAAUGACUUUUUCGGUAUAAAUGCUGUUUUUCGCCUUCCCGUCACACCAGCGUCCUGGUUUAUGGCGUUCUGCGCGUCCUCAUGGGGUCCUUAAUCCGUCCCUGGCGACCUUACCGCGUUCGUACUGCGUUUCACGGCGACCAUACGGCGUCUGAGCGGGGUCCUUGGCAUUCUUACUGCGUUCUUAUUGCGACCAUAGUCGUUCUGAGGACGCAAUAGACGUACAAAGGACGUACUAAUGACGCAAUAAAGUCGCCGUACGGUCGCCUUGCAGUCAAUGAUCAUUGUCUGUGGGUUUUAGCGGCGACCACACGACGUCCAUGGCGAAUUUACAGCGACCUUACCACGUCCCUACUUCGACUACUGCGUCUCUACGGCGUCCCUACGACGUCUUUUACAGAACGCCGUAAAACGCCGGACUUCGGCGACUACUUUAAACAUGUUCAAAGUAGUCGCCGUGGGCUCGCGUCCUGUACAAUUUUCGCCAGUCUCACUUCGUCCUCUUGCUUCCUUACUGCGUUCCUCCGGUGUCUAUGACAUCCUCACUGCGACCUGGGUCGCCGUAAGGACGCAGUAAGGACGCCAGUCCGGUGUGACGGGGGUAAAAGAUGCCUUUUAUCGUUCCAAUGUAGAGGAUACUUAAUAAGGCCAUUAAUUUCAGUUACUUUUGUUUGUUUUCAAAUAAAUUAUCAAAACGAUUACAUGUAUAUCAAAUUAAUUCUAUAUUAUUUUCUUAAUCUUAGCUUUGUUAUUAUUUUAUUUUAAAAUAAACCAAAAGUUGCAAUUUGUAA